UUUUAUGUAGUACAAUUAUAAAAACAUUGAACGUUAUGAAAAUUCUUUAAAAACUCCACUUUCGUUGACGUUGAAAUACGUUAUAUAAGUGCUCUCUAACAAUGCAAUUUCAUGCCUUCCCACAAUACUGUGACUAAUCAAUUAUUAUUUACGUAUUUACCUUUGGAGUUUAGAACUUAUCAGUUGCUUAUAUAGAGAAAGGUCAAGUAAAUACUAAGCAAGCUAAAAAAUGGGAAAUAAAUCGUCGUUAUUGUUGAGAGAGGAAGAAAUCGCACAAAUACAAGAAGAAACUGGCUUCACACCAAAUCAGAUAGAGCGUUUGUACUCCCGUUUCACAUCAUUGGACAAGAAUGACUGCGGUACAUUAGCUCGUGAGGACUUUCUGCGGAUACCCGAGCUGGCAAUCAACCCACUCAGCGAGAGGAUAGUCCAUUCCUUCUUUGCAGAGAGUCAUGAUGACCGGGUUAAUUUUCUGCAGUUCAUGCGCGUGUUGGCGCACUUCAGACCAAUCAGAAAGAACAGAGAGAAUAAGUUGAAUAGUCGAGAAGAAAAAUUGAGAUUUGCAUUUUCAAUGUAUGACUUGGACAAUGAUGGAAAGAUCUCAAGAGAUGAGCUACUGGCCAUUCUUCACAUGAUGGUGGGAGUUAAUAUCAGUGAAGAACAAUUGACAAGCAUUGCUGAACGUACGAUAAUUGAAGCGGAUACAAACAACGAUCAGAUGAUCUCAUUCGAGGAGUUCUGUCAUGCGUUGGAGCGCACCGAUGUGGAACAGAAGAUGUCUAUUCGGUUCCUAAACUGACAUCCAUACUCCUGAACAGAUACCAAGUUACUGACCUCUUUAUAUAGACAAGCUAAAAAGUCAUAUUUUGUGCCUAUUUGAUUUUCGCAAUUGUGGGGUAUAUACAAUUAGCCGAAGUAACUAUGACACUUUUAAGUCUCGAUUGUAAGCAAAAGCUGUCAUUUUCAAGAAGCAUUGUCCAGCUAUCUGUUGAGGUCAGUACAUGAAAUAUGAUCACUCUUGUAUUGGCUGUAAUCCUAUAUAGCCUUAUUACUAGAAGAAUGACUUAGAGAUUUAAAAAAAAAAUCUUUGGGAUAACUAGUUUCCUAUUUGUUGGUGUUUAGUUAAGGGUUUUAUUAGAUUAAAGUAUAAAUGGUUAAAGCAGCUUGUUUACUAGUUCUUUUUUUGCAUUAUAAUUUACUAUUAGUAAUUUAAUGCAUUUAAAAUGCAUUGUAUGCAGAAGUU